GGAUAAUAACAUAAGAUCAUUUAGAUGGGUUGUUGUGCCCCAAGGAAUAAAAAAUAUGUUUUUAUAAUAGGAACUCCAGGAUCAGGAUAAUCAGAAUUAUGUAAAAAAUUGUAAGAAAAUACAAAUGACACCUCAUUUGUUGCAAUUCCUGAAAUGGAUUUAGAUAGAGAAAUAGAAAUUAGAGAGUAAUCUAUAUUGGAUUUUCAAAAAACCUAUAAUGAGAAGCAUAAAGAAAAUAAUCAAAUAAUUUCUUUAAUUGUGAGUGUUAAAUUUGAGAGAACAGAUAUUAUGAAACGAAACUUGUUAUCUGUGAUUAAAUAUUUUCGUCGCUUUAUAGAUUUAAUCAUCAUCAUAGUGACUUAUUUUGAUUAAAGCGAAUAUGUUGAUGAAGAUAAAGAGAACUUAAAAAAAUCAUUAAAAUUUUUAUUGAAAAAUGAUGAAGAGCGAAUAUUUUUUAGUUAAAAUUCAAAUUAAAUUGAUGAGAAAGAAAAGCUAUUAGAUGUUAUCAAUAAGGUUGAUUAAAAUAAAUAAUAGUCAUUCACACUAAAGGAUACAAUAUUUGAAGAAGUAGAUGACUCUUAAAAAUAAUAAAUAUUAAAUCAAUUAUUUUCCUCGUUUGGAACUAGAAAAUAAUGA